AUGUUUUUUUUUUUUUUUUCGCUUCAAGACAACUCCAUCCAUCUCGACCGUCCAUAUUUCAAGAUACAGAUAAUCGUUCAAGGGAUGAUACCACCUGCUAGGAAUGUUAUGCUACGUGUAAUGCAGAGACGCUACUCUUGUAAUGCAAGUGCUUCUUUCAACUUGCUCAAUUUGAAAAUCGGGUACACCGCGGAUGUGCAGGUCCAUCCCAACUCCGACAAGAUGUACGUAUCGAAAAUCCAUCUGUCACGGUCGGAUCCCCCUCAUAUCAAGCAAGUUUGCAGCGGGCUUCGCGACUUCUUGCCCCGAGAUGAGUUCCAAGAUAAAUUAGUGGUGGUGGUUGACAACAUGAAAAAGUGUAAGCUUCGCGGCGAAGUCAGUGAGGCCAUGGUACUCUGUGGCGACGAUAAAGUGGGGCAUGUCCAGCCGUGCCGUCCUGCGAUUAUGGACCAGGCUCUUAUCGGCGAACAAGUAGUUCUGGAGAACAGUCCCCUGAACCCGCAGCCCACGUCCCGCAGAAUUAAAACUUCUGAAUGGGAAGAUGUGUCAUCGAGGCUUUACGUGAACGCCGACAAGAAGGCUGUCUACCGCGACGCGGAAACUGGCCAGGAACAUGUGUUGUGCGUGUACCAGGACGGCCAGUCGAUUCCUAUCGUAGUGGACUCACUGCCACAGGGAAGCCCAAUCAGAUAG